CGACUUUAUUGUUCAAUUUUCAUUGUACAAGUUGGAUAAUAGAAGAAACUGACGCUUUAGUGCGAUGAAUUCAAUUGCACAUCUUCAUUCAGCAUCGACAAACGAGCUCAAAAACGCCAACAUUACAUUUGCACUUAACACAAGUAGGUCAAUGAAAUAAGGCAAUAGGCUAACCCACUGAGAUGGCAUUUUUCAUUAUACAGCGUGAACAACUAGAAGAAUUAUAGCCUACUUCAUGUACGGACUUCCUGUCACACGAAUAGGCUACUACACAUAUCUAUAGGCUAGUAAAACUAAAUGGCGGCAAUAAAUAACCUACCUAAAUAAAAAAGACUGAAUUCAGAGGUGCAGAAGUAGCUACUGAGAUCUUUUGGAGUAAAAAUAUUCCUUCAUAAGUAAAAGUCCGGCAUUCCUGAUUUUACUCCUAGAUUAUCAGAAUUGAAUGUAUCCUACUAGGUAAAGUAGAAGUAACAUUAGCUGACAGAAUGGCUCUUGGAGGAGUUAGGCUACAUUAUUGUAUCAUGAGAUGCGGUUGAGAGCUCCAUGGAUUGCUUCCAAGGAACCUGUAUUAGGAAAAAAUAAUAGGCUAGUAUUUUUAAUAUCUGAAUGUCAUCAGAAACUAGACAGAUUUUCAUCAUGGCUAUUUUCAAGUAUCCUAAACAUCCCGGCGACCCUGCAGCAGGGAUCUAUCCUGUAACUUUUAUAUAGACAAAAAAGAUCUGGCCAGAUGUUAGAUUUUAAGAUGAUUCGAUGUGGGCUUAUUGUUAAAAUUUAUUUGUUCGAGGCUUACAAAUAGUGAGUUGAAACCGAUAAAGUAGUUUAGUAUGAGCUGAUAUAACCCAUUGCACUAGGAACCUGUGCACAGAGAGGGCAGAAAAUGUUGAAUUCCUCAGGAGGAGCGGCUGGUGUCAGGACAGCCGGCUGCGCUCUGCUCCAGCUCCAUUAUUGCCAUUCCCCUUUCAGUCACUAGGGAGAGACUCUGAACUAGGAAAGCUGCUGUUAUCACACUCAAGGGUCCCACAGCAGGCUGGUAGUAGGAUCGGAGUCUACACCGCACCGCUAUCCGCACACCGGCCUGCGGGACGCGUCGGCACUCUCCGUCCGGGAUGGAGAGAGGCGCCUCUGAACCGGACCCAUCCCGCCAGCGAAACGGGGUCGUGGCCGCGCUGUACGGGGAGUUCACCGACACGCUCAACGACAGGGUCCGGUACUCGGUGAGCUUGACGGAGAGCGCCCUGACCGUCCAGAGGAUCUCCUCGUCACCCGGCCGGAGUAAGGUUGUUUUUAACUUGACCGACUGCAUCGGCUGCCGGGCGUACAGAGGGCCGGACAGCGCGGACGUCGGAGCCUACUUCACAGCCUAUUUCUACCCGUUCAAGAGGCGCUGGAUGAGCGCCGGAGUGGCCCGGCAGAGAGUGGAGCAGUGCUUUCGGGUCGCGCUGGUCCAGGACCCGCUCGCCAACCUCCGGGAGGCUGAGAGGUGGGCUCAUGCCAUCAGAGAUGCCUCAGUGCUGCAGGCGCCCCGGAGAGACGGUGUGGCGUAUACAGAGGUGCGUCGGCCUUGCCGGGUCAUGAUACUGGUGAACCCUCACAGUGGGCGUGGCCAGGCUCUGCAGCUCUUCACUGGCCACGUGCAGGGCAUGCUCACCGAGGCUGCUGUUCCCUACACACUCGUCAUCACAGAGCACCAGAACCAUGCACGGGAGGUGGUGAGGAAGGCUGACCUGAGGCAGUGGGACGCCCUGGUUAUCAUGUCCGGAGAUGGGCUGCUGUUUGAGGUGAUAAAUGGUCUGAUGGAGCGAGAGGACUGGCAAGAGGCCAUCCAGACCCCUCUGGGUAUUCUACCAGGUGGCUCAGGCAAUGCCCUGGCUGCCUCCGUCCACCACUACUCACAGUCGCCUCCAGCAUGGAAUGAAGAGCUACUACUGAGCUGUGGCUUCAUGCUGUGCAAAGGACUGGUUGGCUCCAUGGACCUGGUGUCGAUCCAUUUGGCCUCCCGGCAGCGCCUCUUCUCCUUCCUCUCCCUGGCCUGGGGCUUUGUGGCAGAUGUUGACAUCGAGAGCGAGAAGUACCGCCAUGUCGGAGCCAUCCGCUUCCUGAUGGGCACCCUGGUGCGUCUGGCCACCCUCAGAGUCUAUCAGGGCAGGUUAGCGUAUCUGCCUGUUAAGGAGGCGCCAAAACUUCCAAAAGGCAGCAUCAAGGCUAACCACCCUCCCCCCACACCACAGCACCCUUCACUCUGCUCCUCGCUUUCCUGUCGGCUCAUCCCCAACCCCUCUCCAAGUCACAAGUCUCAUCACAAUCACAACAGCACAAACUCCAACCACAACACCAUCACCAAAUCCUCCAACAACGCUAUCACUACCAAGAGACCCGAGACCCAGAGUGAUGGUAAGGCCUUAGCACUAGUGGACUCUCUCCUCCCUGGCCUGGACCAGCCAGUCCCAGAGAGCUGGACAGUAGUCAGGGAGGAGGACUUUGUCUUGGUGUUGGCUAUUUACCAGUCCCAUCUUGCGGAGGACCUGUGGACGGUCCCUGGUGCGAUGGCAGACGACGGAUUGAUUCAUCUCUUCUACGUGACAGCGGGAAUCUCCCGGCCCGCCCUCCUGCGCCUUUUCCUCGCCAUGGAGAAGGGCGCCCACUUGGCGUGCGGCUGCCCCCACCUGGUUUACGAGAAGGUGAAGGCCCUGCGGCUGGAGCCCAUCUCUCCGCAAGGCGUGAUCACUGUGGACGGAGAGAUGGUGGAGUACGGGCCUGUUCAGGCUCAAAUCCACCCAGGACUGGCCAGACUCAUAUGUGGAUGAACCUGGAUUAUCUUAAUCUUUUUCUGGUUGCAGAGCUUUCGAGUUUGGCCUUUUAUACUUGGUGUCGAUUCCUUUAUGUAUGCUGUGUUUUCAGAAGUGCCAAAGACAUUUUAUCAGCCUCUGGAAAUUCCUCUAUUUUUCUACAUAAACAACUCGUCCUCUCAAUGUUUGAUUCAGGGUCAAAGCCAUGGAUGGUUGUUCUUGCUGCUGGCGGGUCCCAGCUUACAGAAAGAAAGAGGGAUUUUGUGAGUGUGUGUGUGUGUGUGUGUGUGUGUGUGUGCGUGCAUAAGAGAGCUAUCUUUAUGUAUGUGAGUGUGCACUUGAGUGUGUAUGUGUGAGAUUGUGCAUGAAGAGCUUUGGCGCACAGCGGCACGGUGCUGAGGAGUGCAUUGUGCACGCUGCUGUCGGACCUCAUAAGCAUGACACACGUGAAGAGAAGCACAUUUUCCUGUCCUGGGACACUCCUGGAGAGACCACGCCCCUUGUCCCACUGUACUACACCAGGCUGUCAGUCUCCCUCCUGGGCAACCGCUCUAAACACCAUCACCUCCCCCUCAGCUUGGUAAAGAGGAGCUUUCUUACUAAGGAGAUAUAAAUCCCCUGGGGAUUUGAUGUUGACAAAUCUUUAAUCUUUGCUUAGUUUUUAUAAAAAAAAAAAAAAAAUCGGAACAAUAACAGAUCUAGUCAUACUCAGUGUUAGAGCCUAGUAAAUUUAACCCCUCCGCCUCCUUUUCUGUGUGCGAACCUCCUCCAGCUCCUAAUGCAUGAAGUGCUGGUGAGGCAGACAGAAACCUGGCCAGCUGAGCGUACACCUCCACCGACGGCCAAUCCAUUUCCUGACCUGUCCGUUCUCUUGCCCCGCUUGAUCUGCAGCCAUCAUCAAACUGUAGGAGCUGCCUCCACUCGCACACAAAUACACACACUCUCACUUUCUUUCCCCCAUCCCCCCCUCCUCUUAUGCACAGAUCCUCACAUGCACACUCAUUCUCUUGCAUCUCUGCAGCACUUAGUGGGGGGGGAGGGGCAUGGUCUGCUACUGUGCAUAUGAUCCCCUCUCCUCUUGCCAUCUUAAGAUUGUACUCUCUCUCCCUCCCUUGAGUUAAUGAGCCAUCAGCACCUAAUGUGUCCUUAAUAUUAAGCUUUACAUCCUGCAAAAGCGUGCUCAGUAGUGUCGGAGAGGUUUUUUUUUUGUCGUAUGAAGCUUUUAAGUGAGUUUCAAACACAUAUUAGACUGGUUGAAGCACGCUAAAGUGGAGCGAGCAGGGUUUCACACCGAGUCGGUCAGCGUUGCAUAUUGAGAGGCAUGCGAUCAAUGUGAGCUGAAGGGAGUCAAGUGCUCUGCUCCGCUGCUGUGGCCUUCUCGCUGGCUGUUGGUGCUGUGGUGAUGAGCGUUAGUGCACUGGAGCAGAGGAGAGUGCAAAUGUUAGCAUUAUCAUCAGUGCCCCCCUCCACACUCAAUCUCUCUCAUACAUACACACUCACACACACAUACACACACACACAACAGUUUACUUCAGGUCAUGAUGACCGCAGCAGAACUUUUACACCCACAGGUAUGCAUCAGCUGAAAAUCAUCACUUCGAGAGAGAGCCGUCUUCCCUGACCUUAAAAAUCAAAUCCUAUUCUAUAAUUAUAAAAAAAACACAGAAUGUCAACAGGGUGAUAGAGAUCAUACUGUAUGAAUGCUGACACAGCAAACAAAAUCAUCCAUUAUGCUGAAAUUGAAAAGUAGAAUGUUGAUGGGCUAAUGGGGUUUAAAGAAAUGCUGAAUAUCAGCUUUUCAGGGUUUUGAUGAAUACAUCGCUGUCAUCCUGAGUGCAAUACAGUCAGUGCAGUGACUGAUAGUGCACAUUAUUUUCCUGCCGCUUUUCCUGGAGUUUGCGAAGCAACUAUGAGUGAUUGGCUUCCACUAAAAAGGGGCAUAAUAUUAUAUAUUUUUCAUUUUAUGCAAACAGAGGAAAGCUUUCUUUUGGGACUGUAUUAAAAAUGAUUCGGGUGUUGAGGGGUGGACGAACCCUAUCUUCCACUUUUCCUAAUAUUAUUAAUAUUUUCUUUGGAAGCUUUUUUUGGCUUAAAAAAAAUGAUCAAAGAUGAAAUAUCUCCAUUUUUCCAAGCUUAGCCACCCAGUCCACACACACAUCACUUUAUGUGUCAUUAAUUAACACAAACCUUCAGUUCAGAUUAACAUGUAGAACCCUGAAUCCUCUUAGAUAUGACUGUUAGCUGCUUGAACAUAACUGGAGUCACCAUCGUCCAUGUGUCAUACAGUGCAAGUAAUCACCUGACAAAUUAUAGGACUGUUGGGACUCAGGAGGGCUAAUGUGGCAAGCUUUCAUCUACAUUACUGAUGUAGACAUUUUACACAUUGUGCAAGAACAAAAAUUCAAAUUAAUCAAAAUAGUUUGAUAUAUCGCCCAGCCGUACAACACAUUAAGAUGGGAGCUGCUGUAAGCUAGUAAAGAAUGAACGUUUAGUUAAUUAUAACUACAUACAUAGAGUCAGGACAUUUUGCCUCUUAAAACUGGCUGAUUGUGAUGAGGAAAAUCAAGCCGUGAUAUAUGGCAAAAUACGCCGCUAUGACUUGUCUCACACAAAAGCCAUGUUUUUGAUGCAACUAUUUAAUCUCUUUUUUUAUUUACUAUUAAUAAUUUUACAGUAAAUCUCACCAGAGAAGAAUGGACUAAAAUAUAGAUCAGGAAGGCCGCCAUUCCAGCAAAAAGAAAGAAAAAGAAAUCAUAACCACUCCCCUUUCCUGACCCCCUUCUCUCUCUACUUAUUUUUGUACAGUCCCUUAAUGAGCUGUGAUGUACUUGAAGUUGACCUGAGUUAACGUCUGUAGAUUUGGGUUUCCAUUUUCACUGCAGUGCCGAUUUUCCGCCUAUGACUUGAUUUUUACAUUCUGGUUCUGACAUUUACAUAUAGUGUAUGAUCGUCAUAGCUACAACUGACGUGCAACAUGCUGUACCUUCUACCAUUACUGUAUCCUCAGUGAAGUUAUCCAGGUGCUUUGAAUGCAUUAUCAUGUUCCGCAGGCUGCACUCAUGACAGUGCAGCUGCCCACAUGCACUGUUAAAUGUAUUUAGUACAUCUCAUAAAGGGUAGAGAUAAGCUAUGCAAAUGCCUUGUCACGGCUGCUGCAGUUAUCUGGAGUGAGGGGUCCCUCUGCUGGACCACUCAUAUUUCUCACUGGAACAACAUGGAGCAGCAGUUGAAUUCUGGAAGAUAUUCAUUAUACAUUGCAACCUCUUCAACAGCCCCCUCUUUCCUGCUUUUUACAAUCAUGCAUUGAUUUUAGUCAUGAUCGUAACAUAUAUCAAGCUCAGCUGCAGGAGACAUCGCACACUUCAUACAAAUCAUCAGAAAUGAAAACCAACACCCGGCUUAUCAUUAUUGAUCAUAAAAGAAAUUUACUCGAUUCUUGCAUAGAAAACACAGCUGCAAAUAAUAAUCAAUGUCAACAUCUUGGUGUAGGGUGUUAACUUAUGGUUCUAUACUGUUAAAUUGUUGUAUUCCACUGGCUGCUUUAAUGUAACAGCAGCAUUUUUAAAAACACAAAUGUUAAUAUUUGUCUUUGCCAUGUCUUGUCAUGGUAAUUUAUAAAUGAUUUAAGAAAGUUAUGUCACAUGUAUGAACUGAAAUGGUACAAACCUCAAAACGAGAAGCCCAGUGAUGUUUUUAGGAUGCUCUAAGAAUCUGAACAUGUCAUUCUCUCUGUACCAUGUACACUAUGUUAAACUCAAAAAUCUCUUUAGGCAGUUGUGUCUUGCUAUUGUAUCUACACUUAUCAAAAGCCUGAGAUAAUGACCUGAUUUUGCAAAUAGGUGACAAAUGUUUUAUUCAUUGUUUUCUUGUUUCUAUGUGGUGGUAUAAACCGGCUCUUAGUGCAGUAGAUCAGGGGAUUCACGUGGUGUGGUUGAAUGUGUUAUGCUGUCUGUGUUAGUAACAAAACAAAUACUGUUCUGUAAAGUUGUGUGCCACGUAUUUGCAGCUUUUCACUUUGAAGUAAGUGGAAAUAGGGGGGGAAAAAAACAUUUAUCUAGAAAGUGCCUUAGUCAUUAUACCCAAGACAGCAGAUAGGUGGUACACAAAGGGAAAGAAAAAAAACACACACAUAGAGAAAAACAAAUUCCAGGCUCUGAUCUGUACAGGGUGCAAUACAAACACAAAGGGAAUACACUGGUUCUCUAUUUUAUUCUAAAUUCUGUAUGAUCUGUGAAGCUUUUUAAAGAGAGCUUUAACUGGAUUUAAAGGUUUAACAUCCAUAUAUGGUUAUUACAGUUUUUGAACUGGCUGUCGACCACCAGGUAUUUAGCAUCUCCUUUUAUUUUAUUGUAAUUUGUAGACUUCCUUUUUUAAAGCCCAAUAAAUAAACAUUAUUGAUAC